GAGCUCAACAUCGAAAAGAGGCCGAAUAAGGUGUGCAGUGGCAAUAUGGCGGAAAAGAAGAAACCUGACAUUAGAAGUUUGGAUGAUGUUUUAGCUAAACGUUUGGACCCCGAAGAACUAGAAGAGGUAAACCGACUCCUGUAUGGAAGGCCAACCAGUGAAUUGGAACUUCCAGCAAAAGCCAAGCAAAUUGCUGAAUCAAAGCAAUUUGCCAUUGCUGGAUACAAGAUAAAUGCUGCUGUAGAGCAACUACGAGCCCCUAGGGUUGUACGAAUUGGAGCCAUUCAGAAUAAAAUCAUUUUACCAACUGAUGCACCAAUUUCUGAUCAGAUAACUGCUUUGCAUAACAGAAUAAAGGAAAUCGCUGAAGCUGCAGCUGAAUCCAGUGUCAAUGUUCUUUGUUUACAAGAGGCAUGGACAAUGCCAUUUGCUUUCUGCACAAGAGAAAAGCAACCUUGGAAUGAAUUCUCUGAAUCUGCCGAGGAUGGGCCAACUACAAGAAUUUUACAAGAGGUUGCAAAACAAUAUAAUAUGGUAAUCAUCUCUCCGAUUCUUGAAAGAGAUGAAGCCCAUCAAGGUGUUUUGUGGAAUACUGCUGUUGUGAUAUCAAACAAUGGAAGUGUUAUUGGAAAAUCAAGGAAGAAUCACAUUCCCAGGGUUGGAGACUUCAAUGAGUCCACUUAUUACAUGGAAGGAAACCUUGGACAUCCAGUUUUCGAGACACAAUUUGGAAAGAUUGGAAUAAAUAUAUGCUAUGGAAGGCACCAUCCUCUCAACUGGCUUAUGUUUGCUAUCAAUGGAGCUGAAAUUGUUUUCAAUCCUUCUGCAACUGUUGGUUCUCUGAGUGAGCCAUUAUGGCCAAUUGAAGCAAGAUGUGCAGCCAUUGCAAAUGGCUACUUUUCUGUUGCCAUCAACAGAGUUGGAACGGAGCAUUUCCCUAAUGAAUUCACGUCAGCAGAUGGAAAAAGCGCCCACAAAGAUUUCGGGAAUUUUUAUGGUUCAAGUUAUGUUGCAGCACCGGAUGGUUCUCGCACCAAGGGGUUGCCUAGAAACGAGGACGGCCUCCUUAUCACUGAAGUUGAUCUGAACAUGUGUCGACAGGUGAAAGACAAAUGGGGAUUUCAGAUGACCCAGAGGCUUCCCCUCUAUGCUGAGGGCCUGGGAAAGGCCACAAAAGAAGAUUUCAAGCCACAAAUCAUCAAGGAGCAGUAAAGUUUUUUGGCUCGAGUGACUAAACUAAACUGAAUGAUUUUUUCUGUAUAACUUGGUGGCUAUGAUAAUUUUCACAAUCGAUUAUAUGAACUCGUUUUUUAUUGUAUACACGAACACAUGAUCCUGAUAUUUUUCUAUCAGUUUGAAAAUUUAGGAAAGUUUGUUUGUAAUCCUUGCGUACCAUCUGGUCAACACUCUGUACUUAUAAACAUCUAUUAGGUUUUCCUCUUUACAUUGAAAUUACACUAAUCGGCAUUAUAGUAAUCAUAAUUACUUUAAUCAACAUUAACGUCGUUAUCAUAAUCAUUCACAUAGCAAAGAGUAUUUGAGAAGGAAAUCUCGAAAACCAGCAUCAUUUGUCUUUAUUGUACUUAUUAUUGAAUCGAGUAGGUGACUAGCCAUGUUGGAACCCUGAAAUUGACUGGCGUCUCAUAAAACAUCUUAUUUUUUAUUAAAAGUAGUUAAGUGUUCUUAUCACAUCUCAUGCUAAUUACCGGACAACUAGAGAUGUUGAGGAAAAGUUCAAACUGAUGCUGAAAUUCUGCAAAGUUAUUUUCGUUUUAUUGACCUUCUUGAUUUCAAUUAAUCCUUAAAAGAUCAGGCCUGGUUCCACCAGUAAAACGUUCUAAAACCUGCUCCUAAAUGAAUGAGUUUGCAAGUUUCUUGCUAAUAGGAUUUCCCAACUCCCUCAUAUUACGACUCCAAAUUGCAAACACUAAAAACGCAACUGUAUGAAAUUGCAACUAUUGUACAUUAAUAGUAACAAAUCUUUUUUCCUAACUUACAUAAUAAUAUUUCAAGAUUUGUUUUGAGCAAGAUUAAUUCAAACUGUUAUAUUUGAAGAUUUAUCAAAUUAUUUCUCUCUACAAAGGUUCCUUUGUAUUUUUUAGUAUAAUUGACCAAUACCUUCGAUAUACAAUACAAUGAUAAUGAGGAAAUUAAAAAUGGUUCGGAUUCCUUUUAGAAUUAAAAUAUUCAUGGAAACCAAGAAAUAUCGCUUGACUACUUGUUAAAUCAAUUAUAUUGUCUUCCUUUAAUAAUCUUUAUUUACCUUAAUUCUUGAAUGCCAAAAUAUUGUUUUAUCUUUCAGCAGUAGAAGAGUGAUUCUUGUCUUCAACUUUUUUGGCA